UAAAAAAAAAGCUGUCAAGUGAUUCACCCGCUCUUGGCCAUUUAACAAGUUGAAUUGUGAUCAGAGGGAUAGCUUACGAAAAUGGAUAUUACGGUGCACGAUAAUGGCUACCAGAACAGCACCUAUUGCCAGGCGAGUAAUCGCACCACACUCUUCAUCAGCGCCUACAAUGGUAUACCGGAGACUUUGAUAUUGAAUACGAUCUUCUGGGUACUGCUCAUUCUGCUGUUUACGAUGCUGCGACAUCAGGCGAGCGACUAUCGUUUGGCUCUGGUCAAUUCCAAUGGGACUAAGAAACGUUGGACGGAAAUAUUUUAUUCUCGAGCCGCCAGUGUUGUGGAACCACAGCCGAGCACGUCAAAUCCCUCAAAUCCCUCGAAUUCAAUGCCUCGGCCAAGCACAAUGUCACAGCAGAGCGACUCGACACCUCUAUCGCCCAUCCAAACCGAGCCGGGUCUCUUCAAUUGGAUUCGGGUGACCUUGAAGCUGCGCAAGGAAACAAUUUUGCUACACUCUGGUCCAGAUGCCGUUCAUUAUUUGUCCUUCCAGCAGCAUAUGAUGGCUGUCAUGGCGGUGGUCACCGUCAUUUCGCUAGCUAUCAUCUUGCCAAUCAACUUUCUGAAUGGGCGCGACGAGCUGUACGAUGUGAAUGCCUUUGGACGCACCACAAUGGCCAACCUGCAGCCGGAGUCACCCUGGCUGUGGGUACACACCAUCAUAACCAUUCUGUAUAUACCGCUGGUGGUGCUCAUCAUGCGGCGCUCGUCGGGUCGCAAUGCCUUUAAGAAGGCUGCCACGCGCACCAUUAUGAUAUCCAAUAUAUCACACAGUGAUCGGAACAAGACCGUCAUACGCAACUAUAUGCAGGAGCUGUUUCCGGAUGUCACCAUCGAGAGCGUCAGCAUUGCGUACAACAUUUCACGGCUCUUCGUGCGCAAUGCCGAGUUUGAGAGAGCGCACGAAGCGCGGGUCUACUGUGAACAUCAUCGGGACCGGGACACGCUGAUGGCCAAGCCGGAGAUGUGCUCGUGCAAGAAGGAGAAUGCCUACGAGUAUUAUCAACGCGAGGAGCGUAAGCUCUCUGGCGAUGUGGCACGAUUGCGUGCCUCAACUCUGAAUGAGCCCUUGGAUAUUGCCUUCUUGACCGUGUCCACGGUGCAGGAGGCACAGAAUAUUGUAAAUCAUUUCACGCCUGGCACAUAUAGGCAAUGGCACAUCGUGUUCGCACCGUCGCCGGAUGAUAUCUUCUGGGAGAACCUGAAUGUCAACAAGAGCCAUUGGUAUUUGAAAUUUGUGUGCGUGAACGUUGUGCUCUUCAUAGUCCUGUUCUUCCUGACGACACCGGCCAUGGUGGUCAAUUUGCUGAAUAGUCGUCCUUGGGUGUUGGAUACGGAGAGCAAAAUCUCGCCACUUGUCUCCGAGUUCUUGCCCACUUUGAUGCUGUGGACGCUGUCAGCACUGAUGCCAGUGAUAGUCUCUAUAUCAGAUAAAUGGAUGGGCCAUUACACGCGAUCCAAACAGAACUACUCGAUAAUGUGCAAAUGCUUUGGCUAUCUGCUGCUAAUGAUUCUCAUCCUGCCCUCAUUGGGUUUGACGUCGGCGCAAGCACUUCUGGAAUGGGGCCUGACGAACGACACGGGGCGUUGGCAAUGCAUCUUCUUGCCAGAUCGUGGCUCCUUCUAUGUCAACUAUAUUAUAACUGCUGCCUUUAUUGGUACAUCGUUGGAGCUGUUGCGGUUCCCGGAGCUUAUUGUCUAUAUUUGGGCGUUAUUGAAGGCCACUUCGAAGGCGGAGACGCCCUAUAUACGUAAAUCCAUAUUGAUUGAGUUCCCGUUCGGCACGCACUACGCCUGGACCACACUCGUUUUCACCAUAUCGAUAGUGUACAGCGUGUUUUGCCCAUUGAUCAUGCCAUUCGCCAUGAUCUAUAUAUGUCUCAAGCAUAUGGUGGAUCGCUAUAAUCUGUACUUUGCCUAUGGACCAUCCAAUAUGAUAUCACGGAAGGGAGGCAAAAUUCAUUCCACAGCGGUGACCAUGACCAAGUUUUCGGUACUCAUAUUGGUACUGGUUAUGGCCAUGAUAUGCUAUUUCCGUGGCAAUGGCAGCAUGGCUAGAUUCCUGAUACUGAUCAUAACGCUGGCUAUAACCGUAACACUGUUUAUCUUCAUGUCGCCGAUCAAACGUUGUGCGGCCACGCGACGUCCAAGUAUUGUGGAAAUCGCCGGCCCCGCACCCGCCUACAUACCGGAUGUGCUCCGAGCUACAACGACACAGACCAGCGGCAGGCCGUCGGUAGUCGGUUUUCCAGGAUAUGGUUCGGACAAUGUAUCUGAAAACGAUAGCUCCCAGUAUAGUGUCAAUAGCGUGGAGGCGUAAGCGAAGCUAGCU